GAUAAUUGAAGGGACCCGAGGAGCCGCCGCCGCCGCCGCCGCCGGGGGGGGGUGGGGGGAGCGAGUGGAAGUUACUGCCGCGCCACCGAGUCCGGACCGGAGACUUUGGGGCCCAACUAGUGAAUGGUAGUGUCUAGAAAGGGUAUGUCCCUUCAAGAGAGAGGUGCCAAUGUCCAACCGGCCUAAUAACAAUCCAGGGGGGUCACUGCGACGUUCACAGAGGAACACUGCCGGGGCCCAACCACAAGACGACUCGAUAGGAGGAAGGUCACAUUUAGGGCAGGCAAAACAUAAGGGAUAUAGCCCUCCUGAGAGUAGAAAAUCUAAUUCUAAGGCACCCAAAGUGCAGUCUAAUACUACUUCUGAACUGUCAAGGGGACACCUUUCUAAAAGAAGCUGCAGUUCAUCAUCUGCUGUCAUAGUUCCACAACCAGAGGAUCCAGACAGAGCCAAUCCUUCAGAAAGGCAAAAAACGGGGCAGGUGCCUAAGAAAGACAAUUCUCGAGGAGUGAAACGCAGUGCUAGUCCAGACUACAACAGGACCAACUCUCCCAGCUCUGCCAAAAAACCGAAAGCACUUCAGCGUACUGAAUCCCCCUCAGAAACGAAUAAGCCACAUAGUAAGUCAAAGAAGAGACAUCUAGACCAGGAGCAACAACUGAAAUCUGCACACUCGCCAUCGACAAGUAAGGCUCACACCAGAAAGAGUGGGGCCGCUGGUAGUUCACGGAGUCAGAAAAGAAAGAGGACAGAGAGUUCUUGUAUAAAGAGUGGUUCUGUGUCUGAGUCCACUGGUGCCGAAGAGCGAUCUGCAAAACCCACCAAGCUGGCUUCAAAAUCCGCCGCCUCGGCCAAGGCUGGGUGCAGCUCCAUCACUGAUUCUUCCUCUGCCGCCUCUACUUCCUCCUCCUCUUCCGCCGUUGCCUCGGCCUCCUCCGCCGUGCCACCAGGGGCCAGGGUGAAACAAGGAAAAGAUCAGAACAAGGCCAGGCGUUCCCGUUCGGCAUCCAGUCCCAGUCCCAGAAGAAGUAGCAGGGAAAAGGAACAGAGGUCUUCUAAGUCAGAGACAUCAAAACCUGGCCCUUCUGGAUUACAGGCCAAAUUGGCAAGUUUAAGAAAAUCUACCAAGAAGCGCAGUGAAUCCCCACCUGCUGAGCUCCCCAGUUUGAGGCGGAGCACACGCCAAAAGACCACGGGCUCCUGUGCUAGUGCCAGUCGGCGGGGCUCUGGCCUGGGCAAACGAGGAGCAGCUGAAGCUCGUCGACAGGAGAAAAUGGCGGACCCUGAAAGCAACCAGGAGACAGUAAAUUCUUCAGCUGCGCGGACGGACGAAACGCCCCAGGGAGCCGCAGCUUCUAGUUCUGUUGCAGGGGCUGUGGGCAUGACCACCUCUGGGGAGAGUGAAUCCGAUGAUUCCGAGAUGGGACGAUUACAAGCUUUGUUAGAGGCCAGGGGUCUUCCCCCUCAUCUGUUUGGCCCUCUUGGUCCUCGGAUGUCACAGCUUUUCCAUAGAACAAUUGGAAGCGGAGCUAGCUCUAAGGCCCAGCAGCUUCUGCAAGGACUGCAGGCGAGUGAUGAAAGCCAGCAACUCCAGGCGGUUAUCGAAAUGUGUCAGUUAUUGGUCAUGGGAAAUGAAGAGACGCUGGGAGGGUUUCCCGUCAAGAGUGUCGUUCCUGCUUUGAUAACAUUACUGCAGAUGGAACAUAAUUUCGAUAUUAUGAACCAUGCUUGUCGAGCCUUAACAUACAUGAUGGAAGCACUUCCUCGAUCAUCUGCUGUUGUCGUAGAUGCAAUUCCCGUCUUCUUAGAAAAGCUGCAGGUUAUUCAGUGUAUUGAUGUGGCAGAGCAGGCCUUGACCGCCUUGGAGAUGUUAUCACGCAGACACAGUAAAGCCAUUCUACAGGCGGGUGGUUUGGCAGACUGCUUGCUGUAUCUAGAGUUCUUCAGCAUAAAUGCCCAAAGAAAUGCACUAGCGAUCGCCGCCAAUUGCUGCCAGAGUAUCACGCCGGAUGAAUUUCAUUUUGUGGCAGAUUCCCUCCCGUUGCUCACCCAAAGGCUAACCCAUCAGGACAAAAAGUCGGUUGAAAGCACUUGCCUUUGUUUUGCACGUCUAGUGGACAACUUCCAACAUGAGGAGAAUUUACUCCAGCAGGUUGCCUCCAAAGAUCUGCUCACGAAUGUUCAACAGCUACUGGUAGUGACCCCACCAAUUUUAAGUUCUGGGAUGUUUAUAAUGGUGGUUCGCAUGUUUUCUCUGAUGUGUUCCAACUGUCCGACUUUAGCUGUUCAACUUAUGAAGCAAAAUAUUGCAGAAACACUUCACUUCCUCCUGUGCGGUGCCUCUAAUGGAAGUUGUCAGGAGCAGAUUGAUCUUGUUCCACGAAGCCCUCAAGAACUGUACGAGCUGACGUCUCUGAUUUGCGAACUUAUGCCAUGUUUACCAAAAGAAGGCAUUUUUGCAGUUGAUACCAUGCUGAAGAAGGGAAACGCGCAGAACACGGAUGGUGCGAUAUGGCAGUGGCGUGACGACCGUGGCCUUUGGCAUCCCUAUAACCGGAUUGACAGCCGGAUCAUUGAGGCAGCCCAUCAGGUCGGUGAGGAUGAGAUAAGCUUGUCCACUCUGGGACGAGUUUAUACUAUUGAUUUUAAUUCUAUGCAGCAAAUCAAUGAGGACACGGGAACAGCACGUGCCAUUCAGAGAAAACCUAACCCCUUAGCCAAUACUAACACUAGCGGAUAUUCCGAGUUAAAGAAGGAUGAUGCUCGAGCACAGCUUAUGAAAGAGGAUCCGGAACUGGCUAAGGCUUUCAUUAAGACGUUAUUCGGUGUCCUUUAUGAAGUGUAUAGUUCCUCGGCAGGACCUGCGGUCAGACAUAAGUGCCUUAGAGCAAUUCUUAGGAUAAUUUAUUUUGCGGAUGCUGAACUUCUGAAGGAUGUCCUGAAAAAUCAUGCUGUUUCAAGUCACAUUGCUUCCAUGCUGUCAAGCCAAGACCUGAAGAUCGUAGUCGGAGCGCUUCAGAUGGCAGAGAUCUUAAUGCAGAAGUUACCUGAUAUUUUUAGUGUUUACUUCAGAAGAGAAGGUGUAAUGCAUCAAGUAAAACACUUAGCAGAAUCAGAGUCUUUGUUGACAAGUCCACCAAAGGCAUGUACGAAUGGGUCAGGAUCCUUGGGGUCCACGACGUCAGUCAGCAGUGGAACAGCCACGGCUGCCACUAAUGCUGCGGCUGACGUGGGAUCCCCCAGCUUGCAGCACAGCAGAGAUGAUUCUUUAGAUCUGAGCCCUCAAGGUCGAUUAAGCGAUGUUCUAAAGAGAAAGCGACUGCCAAAACGAGGGCCAAGAAGGCCAAAGUAUUCACCUCCAAGAGAUGAUGACAAAGUAGACAAUCAAGCUAAAAGCCCCACCACUACUCAGUCACCUAAAUCUUCUUUCCUGGCAAGCUUGAAUCCAAAAACGUGGGGAAGGUUAAGCGCACAGUCCAACAGCAACAACAUUGAACCAGCACGAACCGCGGGAGUCAGUGGUCUUGCCAGGGCUGCCUCAAAGGACACCAUCUCCAAUAAUAGAGAGAAAAUUAAAGGUUGGAUUAAGGAACAAGCGCAUAAAUUUGUAGAACGUUACUUCAGUUCUGAGAACAUGGAUGGAAGCAACCCUGCACUGAAUGUCCUUCAGAGACUUUGUGCUGCGACCGAACAACUCAACCUCCAGGUGGAUGGUGGAGCUGAGUGCCUUGUAGAAAUCCGUAGCAUAGUCUCAGAGUCAGACGUUUCAUCAUUUGAAAUCCAGCAUAGUGGAUUCGUGAAGCAGCUGUUGCUUUAUUUGACAUCUAAAAGUGAAAAGGAUGCUGUGAGCAGAGAGAUCAGAUUAAAGAGAUUCCUUCAUGUAUUCUUUUCUUCACCACUUCCUGGAGAAGAGCCCAUUGGAAGAGUAGAACCAGUGGGUAAUGCACCUUUGUUGGCAUUAGUUCACAAGAUGAACAACUGCCUCAGCCAGAUGGAACAGUUUCCAGUCAAAGUACAUGACUUCCCCAGUGGGAAUGGGACAGGAGGCAGAGGAUCACAGGCUUUAAAAUUUUUCAACACCCAUCAGUUAAAAUGCCAGUUACAAAGACAUCCAGACUGUGCAAAUGUGAAACAGUGGAAGGGUGGGCCUGUCAAGAUUGAUCCCCUGGCUUUGGUACAAGCUAUCGAGAGAUACCUUGUGGUCAGAGGGUAUGGAAGAGUAAGAGAAGAUGAUGAAGACAGCGAUGAUGAUGGCUCUGAUGAGGAAAUAGACGAGUCUCUGGCUGCUCAGUUCUUAAAUUCAGGAAAUGUGAGACACCGGCUACAGUUUUACAUUGGAGAACACUUGCUCCCGUAUAACAUGACUGUGUAUCAGGCAGUCCGACAGUUCAGUGUACAGGCUGAAGAUGAAAGGGAGUCCACAGACGACGAGAGCAAUCCUCUGGGAAGAGCUGGUAUUUGGACAAAGACUCAUACGAUAUGGUACAAACCCGUGCGAGAGGAUGAAGAAAGUAAUAAAGAUUGUGUUGGUGGUAAAAGAGGAAGAGCCCAAACAGCUCCAACAAAAACAUCCCCCAGAAAUGCAAAAAAGCAUGAUGAGUUAUGGCACGAUGGAGUGUGCCCAUCGGUAUCAAAUCCUUUAGAAGUUUACCUCAUAUCCACGCCACCUGAAAAUAUAACUUUUGAAGACCCGUCGUUAGAUGUGAUUCUUCUUUUAAGAGUUCUACAUGCCAUCAGUCGAUACUGGUAUUACUUGUAUGAUAAUGCAAUGUGCAAGGAGAUUAUUCCAACUAGUGAAUUUAUUAACAGUAAGUUGACAGCAAAAGCAAACAGGCAGCUUCAAGAUCCUCUAGUGAUCAUGACCGGAAACAUCCCAACAUGGCUGACUGAACUGGGAAAAACCUGCCCAUUUUUCUUCCCUUUUGAUACACGGCAAAUGCUUUUUUACGUAACUGCGUUUGAUCGGGACCGAGCGAUGCAGAGAUUACUUGACACCAACCCAGAAAUCAACCAGUCUGAUUCUCAAGAUAGCAGAGUUGCACCUAGAUUGGAUAGAAAAAAACGUACUGUGAACAGAGAGGAGCUGCUGAAACAAGCUGAGUCUGUGAUGCAGGAUCUGGGGAGCUCGCGGGCCAUGUUAGAAAUCCAGUAUGAGAAUGAGGUUGGUACCGGUCUUGGGCCUACACUGGAGUUUUAUGCACUUGUAUCUCAGGAACUACAGAGAGCCGACUUGGGUCUCUGGAGAGGUGAAGAAGUGACUCUCAGCAAUCCAAAAGGAAGCCAAGAAGGGACCAAGUACAUUCAAAACCUCCAGGGCCUGUUUGCGCUUCCCUUUGGUAGGACGGCUAAGCCCGCUCAUAUCGCAAAGGUUAAGAUGAAGUUUCGCUUCUUAGGCAAAUUAAUGGCCAAGGCAAUCAUGGAUUUCAGAUUGGUGGACCUUCCCCUUGGCUUACCCUUUUAUAAGUGGAUGCUACGGCAAGAAACUUCACUGACAUCGCAUGAUUUGUUUGACAUUGACCCGGUUGUAGCCAGAUCCGUGUAUCACCUAGAAGACAUUGUCAGACAGAAGAAAAGACUUGAACAAGAUAAAUCCCAGACCAAAGAGAGUCUACAAUAUGCAUUAGAAACCCUGACUAUGAACGGCUGCUCAGUUGAAGAUCUAGGAUUGGAUUUCACUUUGCCAGGAUUUCCCAACAUCGAACUGAAGAAAGGAGGAAAGGAUAUACCGGUCACUAUCCACAAUUUAGAAGAAUAUUUAAGACUGGUUAUAUUCUGGGCACUCAAUGAAGGCGUUUCUAGGCAAUUCGAUUCCUUCAGAGAUGGAUUUGAAUCUGUCUUCCCACUCAGUCAUCUCCAGUACUUCUACCCGGAAGAACUGGACCAGCUCCUGUGCGGCAGUAAAGCAGACACUUGGGAUGCAAAGACACUGAUGGAGUGCUGCAGGCCGGACCACGGUUACACUCACGACAGUCGCGCCGUGAAGUUCCUGUUCGAGAUUCUCAGUAGUUUUGAUAAUGAGCAGCAGAGGUUAUUUCUCCAGUUCGUGACCGGUAGCCCGAGACUGCCUGUUGGAGGCUUCCGGAGUUUGAAUCCACCUUUGACAAUUGUCCGGAAGACAUUCGAAUCGACAGAAAACCCGGACGACUUCCUGCCCUCCGUAAUGACUUGUGUGAACUAUCUUAAGUUGCCGGACUACUCGAGCAUUGAGAUCAUGCGUGAGAAACUGUUGAUCGCGGCCAGAGAAGGACAGCAGUCGUUCCAUCUUUCCUGAUCACAGCGAGAAAUGCGGUGUCUGCCUGUUACAGCAAAAGAAAAAAAAAAUCAUGAUUUCUUUUCUAAAUGUAUCACCUGAGUCAAGGAAACAUGUUACGCCUUCUUGUUGUAGGAAAAAUGGCUUGCAGAUUAUACAAGAGACACUUGGUUGAUAUUCAUUAAUGGCCCCAUGGACUUAAAGUGAUCAGGCCCUAAAACGUUGUUGUGAUGAGGUUUCUUUAGCAAGUUCUUGUUUAAAUUAUCAUUUAUUUGAUGAGUGAAGUUUUUAACUUGCUUUGCUGUGUGAAAUUUAAAAAAAAAAAAAGGGAUGUUUUUCAGGCUGAAACAAUAAAUGUCGCUGUGCAGUUUAA